AUGAAGUACCAAACCAUCCAGGACCGUCAGGUCGUCAAACCCGACCGCCAUCUCCUCAACACCACCAUUUCACCUGGUGUAGUUCAUGACCCCGAGCAUGACGCCGCCGCCGCUACCGUCACUAACGAGUAUCAACCCCUCCUCACGCCUCUAGCCAGCUCCAGCUCUAAUUCUUCGGCGUCUCUACCCCCUGGCCACCUCUCCUCGGACGACAAUGCCUGGACCCCUCCCCCUCGCUUCGUCUUCAUCCAAAUUGCCCUCAUGUCCAAUGUCUUCCUCUACGGCUUCGAUGGCACCAUCACCGCCGCCGUCUACUCCAUCAUCUCCUCCGAAUUCGGCGCCGCCAACACCGCUUCGUGGCUGACCACAGCCUACCUGGUCACCAGCACCGCGUUCCAGCCGCUCUACGGGCGCGUGUCCGACAUCUUUGGGCGCCGCGUCUGUUUCUUUAUCAGUACUAUAACUUUUGCGCUGGGCUGUUUGUGGUGCGGGCUCGUCAAAUCUUCUAUCAAGAAGGGCAUGAUCUGGGUCAUCGUCGCCCGCGCCCUCACUGGCUUCGGCGGCGGCGGGCUAAUGACCAUGGCCACCGUCGUCAACUCGGAUAUGAUUCCCUUUCGCCGGCGGGGGAUGUACCAAGCGCUUCAGAACGGCAUGUUUGGGUUCGGCGCCAUAUGCGGCGCGAGCUUUGGGGGCAGCGUGGCGGAUGGGAUUGGUUGGCGUUGGUGUUUUUUGUUGCAGGUGCCCGUGUCGGCGUUUGCGCUGGCGGCUGGGUGGAUGGUCAUCAAGGAUCCCGUAAAUGGGGUCCUGGGAGAAGGGGAGCAGAGGACUUGGGGACUCAUUUGGAGGAAGGUGGACUUUACUGGGGCUUUCUUGUUGGUCACGGCCAUUUCGAUCCAGCUUGUCGGAUUGAGCCUGGGUGGCAAUAUGUUGCCUUGGAGUAGCCCGUGGGUUGUUGCGUCGUUGGUGAGCAGCACAGCGAUGUUGGUUUUGUUCUUGGUGGUGGAGGCGAGGACGACGGCGAUUCCGGUUAUUCCGUUGAGGUUGUUGAAGGGAAGUUUGCCGCUGCUAAUGCAGUUUGCGAAUGUGUGCGCUGGGUUGAGUGCUUAUGCGUACCUUUUCAAUCUUCCUCUGUUCUUCCAAGUCGUCCUCCUCGACUCCGCCACCACCGCCGGUGCCCGGCUCGCUAUCCCAUCGCUGGCCACGCCCAUUGGUGGCCUCAUUGCCGGCAUUGUCAUGUCUCGCUGGGGAAAGCUUAUCCCUCUUGUCCGCACUGGAACCUUCUUGAUGGUCUUGGGCAACGCCUUGGUUAUCUCUCUUGCCUUCGAGGACUCUGGCUGGAAAUAUCUUGUUUACAUUUUCCCCGCCAACCUCGGCCAGGGAAUUGUGUACCCGGGCAUCUUGUUUACCUCGCUGGCCACGUUCGAUCAUGCCGACCACGCCGUCACUGCCUCGACCGUUUACCUCAUUCGGUCUCUCGGCACCGUCUAUGGCGUCGCCAUCACCUCUGCCAUUGUGCAAACCACGCUCAGCGUCCGGCUUCCCGGCGCUUUGGGCGAGAUACCAGAUAAAUGGAGAGUCGUUGAUGAAAUCCGCCACUCAGUCUCGGUUAUCAAGAACCUUCCCCCAGAUAUUCAGCUCAAGGCUCGCGAGGUCUACUACGAAGGACUGCGGCUUUCGUUUGCCACGUCGACGGCUGUGGCUGCUGCAGCUGUCAGCGCGGCGCUGCUUGUGAGGGCACGGGGACUUCGUAGUACCACGUAG